CAGCUCUCUCAUCUCAUCCCAUCCCAUCCCAUUUCAGCCAUCUUCGGUAACGAAGUUGUGAUCGACCAUGGCCACACUCUCUGAUCGAGUCUUCUUCUUCUGUUUCCUUUCUCUGCUUGCCUGUGCUGCCAUUAAUGGCCAGUUGUCACCGACCUUCUACGGUAGUACAUGUCCCAACCUCCAGAGCAUAGUGAGGUCCGCCAUGAGACAAGCCGUGAACAAGGAGCCGCGGAUGGGCGCUUCCAUUCUCCGGCUCUUCUUCCACGACUGCUUCGUGAAUGGCUGCGACGGGUCGAUACUACUGGACGACACCUCCAGUUUCACCGGCGAGAAGAGCGCAGGGCCGAACGCCAACUCUGCCCGUGGCUUCGAAGUCAUCGACACCAUCAAGUCCAACGUCGAGGCCGCCUGCAAAGCCACCGUGUCGUGCGCUGAUAUCCUCGCCCUCGCCGCACGCGAUGGCGUCGUCCUGCUUGGUGGACCGACGUGGACGGUGCAACUGGGGCGCAGGGACGCCACCACCGCCAGCCAGAGCGCGGCCAACAGCAACCUCCCCGGCCCCGGCUCCAGCCUCUCCCAGCUCGUCUCCUCCUUCGCCGCCAAGGGCCUGAGCGCGCGGGACAUGACCGCGCUCUCCGGCGCCCACACCAUCGGCCAAGCCCGCUGCACCAGCUUCCGCUCCCACAUCUACAACGACGCCAACGUCAACGCCAGCUUCGCCGCGCUCCGCAAGCAGAACUGCCCCUCGUCCGGUGGCGACAGCAACCUGGCCCCGCUCGACCUCCAGACCCCCACCACCUUCGACAACAAGUACUACCAGAACCUGAUGGUUCGGAAGGGCCUCCUGCACUCGGACCAGGAGCUCUUCAACGGCGGGUCCCAGGACUCGCUGGUCCGGCAGUACAGCACGAAUCCCGCGGUCUUCAACGGCGACUUCACGGCGGCCAUGGUGAAGAUGGGCAACAUCAGCCCGCUGACGGGGACGAAGGGGCAGAUCAGGUUAAAUUGCAGGAAGGCGAACUGAUACCCGCAUGGGUUGAAUGCAUUCCCAUUAUUACUUAGCUUUGCUUAGAGUGAAGCACGCAAGUAAUAAUUAGGCUUUUGUCUACGAUGAAGUGUCUGAGACAAGCCUACUGUUUGAUUAGCUCAUAUCAUAUCAAGUUUAUCUUCAAAGGAAAAGGAUUUUGAUAAGUUAUGUUAAGGUCAUGACCCCAAA